CAGCUACACUGACACGUACGAAUCCUGCGUAAGAUUUAAGGAGGAAGUUACAUAUUUUCCUUAAGUUAAAAACGUCCAUACGGGUUGCUUCGACUCAGAUUUGAUGUAGUUGACCUGUCCCGGACAAGAAGGCCUGUUCGGACGCGUUUGAAGCGCCGCGGGACUCUCAGACAGAGGAGCCGGAAGAACAAGAUGAGAUUUUCGGCGUUUUUUUCUGUCCUGCGGUCGGUCGGCCCGGUGGUAAUCGGUAUUUCUUUAGGGUUCACGUUGAGUUUAUUGAGCGUAAACUGGACGGAAGAAGCGUGCUACCUAGAUGCCAAACAGGGUGAGGAUGUGACUUCGGGUCACGAUGGGCAGCUCAAGGGAGCCCGAAAGCCCAACUCUAUUUCCAACAUCAACGAUGUGGAGUCCGAGGAGGAUUUUGAACCAAGAAUCGUCCCGUAUAAACAAGUCCAGCAGAGUCCCACAAAGAAAGUGUUCAGGGCUAAAUACAUAAGCACAGAGUUGGGGAUGCGAGAGCGUCUGUUCGUCGGGGUCCUGACAUCCAAAAGCACCAUGAGCACUCUUGGCGUAGCUGUCAAUCGCACCAUCAGCCAUCACCUGGACACUGUGAUAUUCUUCACCGGCAUGCGCAACCGCAAAGUCCCUCACGGCAUGUUUGUCGUUUCCCACGGAGACGAGAGGCUGAUCUGGAACAUGUUUCAGAAUAUCAAGUACAUUUUGGACCAUUACAUCAAUCAAUACGACUGGUUUUACUUUGUCCAAGAUGAUGCCUACACAGAAGCGGACCGGAUCAAAGCCCUGGUGGAUCACCUGAGUAUGGAUCGAGAGCUUUACAUGGGCAGUCCGGAGGAGUUCAUAGGGGGAGAAAUGGAAGGGAAGUACUGCUACGGAGGGUUCGGCUACAUCCUGUCCCGUACCUUGCUCCUCCGACUCCAGCCCUUCCUGGAAAACUGUCGGAACGACAUCCUGAGCGCGAGGCCUGAUGAGUGGCUCGGAAGAUGCAUCAUUGAUUACACCAACACGAACUGCGUCAGUGAAUAUCAGGGAAUUCAGUACUACCAUUAUGAGUUGGGAAAAAACUCUGAUCCAAGUAAAGAACAAAGUGAACUGUUCAAGAAGGCUCUGACUGUCCAUCCAGUGUCUGACCCUGACCAGAUGUACAGGCUGCACAGAUACUUCACUGAGAUUGAACUCCAGAAGACUUACGAUGAGAUUUCUAAACUGCAGGCCGAAAUAAAAAACGUGAGCGUGGUUGCUUUCGAUGGCAACCGAAGCUCCCAGUGGCCCGUUGGGAUCAGUCCACCAUUUGAGCCCAAAUCUCGGUUUGAAGUUCUGAAGUGGGAGUACUUUACAGAAGAGGAGAUUUAUUCGUGCAUUGAUGGCUCUCCAAAGUGCAAACUGCAGGGUAUUGACCGCAUGGAUGUGGCCGAUGUCAUCGAGGUAGCCAUGAUAGAGCUGAACAAGAAGUACAAGCCUGUCCUUCACCUUAAGAAGCAGCAGCUGAUUAACGGGUACCGGCGCUUCGACCCUCUCCGGGGCAUGGAGUACACGUUGGAUCUUCAGCUGGAAGUCGUGAACCAAAAAGGUCACAGCCGGUCAAUCGCCAAGCGAGUUCAUCUGGUGCGACCUUUGAGUCGGAUUGAGAUCAUCCCCAUGCCCUAUGUCACUGAAGCGACAAGGAUUCACAUCAUUAUACCUCUUACUCUACACGACCGGGUCCAUGUUGACCAUUUCCUGGAAGUCUUCGCCGCAAAUGCUUUUGAGACCAGUGAAAAUGCCAUCUUGACGUUCCUGUUCAUUUAUGACCCAGUGGAGGCGCAGCAUGUUAACCAGAAUGAUAUAUUUUCCAGCGUGAAGACACAGAUCAACACGUAUGAGCGCAAAUACCCAACAGUUAAAAUCCCAUGGAUAAGUGUCAAGACGGAAACGCCAUCCCAGAUCAAGUUCAUGGACAUCAUCUCGAAGAAGCACCCGGUUGACUCGCUGUUCUUCUUGGCUAAUGUCAACACAAAUGUCAAUUCAGAAUUUCUGAACCGCUGCCGCAUGAAUUCCAUAAACAACUGGCAGACGUUCUUCCCCAUCCAUUUCCAGGACUUCAACCCCGACGUGGCCUAUCACAACCAGCAGCAUCCAGCCACGGUCGAUCUGAUCAAGGACGCAGGCCAUUUUAACCGCAGGUCAUUUGAAGAAGCGUGCUUUUACAACUCUGACUACAUGACGACACGCACGCGCAUGGUGGCAGACGUCCAAGAGAACGACGAGAUUCUAGAGACCCUGGACAUCUUCGACAUGUUCCUGAAGUAUUCGGGUCUGCACGUGUUCAGGGCGGUGGAACCAGCGCUGCACCAGCAGUACAGCUACCAAGCCUGCAACCCGCGGCUGAGUGAAGACGUCUACCACAGGUGUGUUCAGAGCAACUGGGAAGGUCUGGGUUCUCGCUCCCAGCUCGCCAUGCUGCUGUUUGAGCAAGAACAAGGAAACAGCACUUGAAAGCAACAGUGAACUUCCCGCUCGUCUUUUUGAAAUGGACGGUAAAAGCUCUGUUUUUACCGUACUAGAAUUUAGGGCAACCCAUGUCUGGGGGCUAGAGUACCCCGUGUGACCCCCGACUCCACCGCUCCGUGUCAAUCAAGGAUCGUUCGGAUUGUUCCGAUUUUUUUUUAGCUAGUUUUGAAAAAUGAAUUCAGUACAUUCCCAAUGAAACCUCUCCUUAAAUGUUUACAAUACCCAUUUGUACAGAUGAGUUGCUUGAACCAAAUGUUUUCGCUUCUCUUGACGAUUCAGAAAGCUACGUUCAGUAAUGUCUGACCAUUGGCUGGCAGAAACUCCCAGCAGCAGAGCCUUGGCUUAGUGCUGGCUCAUCCAGUUAUGCUUCAGGGUGUCGACGACACAUCCAGCGGACACGCGGCGACAUACAAUCUGAGGUACUCGCGCAACGCUUUCACCCAUCUAGACUGUCAUUAGAAUUCAUGUUAAUAUUAAAGAGUUUGAUCAAUGUAACGUUUAGCUCACCAGAGGUUGUUGGUUGUGUUCUCCUUCACAUGGAAACAUUUAGCUUUAGAUUUUUACACACUUUUAGUAUUUACAAAAAAGCAUUUUAUGUGCCUUGACACUUCCUUUUUUAUAUGCCGACUGUUUUGAAAAAAUAUUUAUGUUGCACAGUUUUGCAGGUCACUCCUUCAGGUGAUGCACAGCUGAUGUUUUUCAUUAUAACUUAAACAUGAAUAAUAGUUCUGAGCAGGAGGGAGAUAUUAGCUUUUACUGUGGAUAAAGUAAUGUUACAUAGCUGGGAGAACUGAAUGGGUAGUCUGGCAACCGUACAUCUAUUUUUAAAGGUGUCUGAGAUGUCCUGAUCUCAACCGUCCACAGGUCGAGUACGUGCCUCCAAGCAGGGAGGGCCUUGGUAGAAAGGAUCUUCAGAGGUCAUAGAUGACGACUGGUGUAUUCCAGCAGUCUGCACAUGACUUUUCUCCAUGCAACCUUUUGAUGUUACAAUAAAAUCUACAUGCAGGAGGCAAAGGAGAAUUAUGAAUAAUGGGGAAAGUAAAGCACCUUGGUAAAUGUCUGAAGUGAUUGCCAAGGUGAGUCCUCAUAAAACAGGAUUUAAUUAGUUUAGAAAGUAUAGCAGAAAGUUUGUAUACUCUGAGGGUGUUUUAAGUGCUCCAAAGUAUUUUGGACCACAUUGCUAAAAGUUUUUGUAAGUUAUUGAAUGAUGAGCUCUGUCUUGGUUGCGUGACCCAGUCACAGUGCAGUCCAAAGGGAGGCCUUUUCGACAUUACUGAGUGGUGGAGGUAGCUGUACUGAACACGAGAGUUAUUGAUAUGUUAUAAUGUGCAAUAUUACAGAUGACACAACUGGCUCGGUGUCCGAUGGAGGGCAGGACUUUUCAUUUCAAAGACAUUAGCUAGAAGUAGAGCAGUGUGUAUACCAAAAUAUUAUUCCAUAAAAACUUUGACUUCUUUCUGUUCUAUGUCGAGUAAGUACACUGUAAUUUGUUUUGAUAAUAACUUUAAUGUAUUUUACUGACACUAGACACUUUUCAUCAUCAAAUUGACUUUGAAAUACAUAAAAUGAAGGCAUGUCAUUUUAUUUCACUUUAAUUGGAUGCAUACGUACCUAUUGGAAACACUACAUCCACAGGGGUGAUCCUCAACACUUGCUUUUCCGCCACAUGAACACAUUUUUCUAACGCAUCUCUUUCUUGACGAGAGCAGAAGAGCACGACACUAAUGUGUGCAAUUGGAGACUGAAUCUUCCAAAAAACACUGUGAAAGAAGGUGGGCUUAGAUUACAAUAUCAAGUUAUUGUGGUGAUCCGCGUCGUCUCUGCCAGUGCAGUCCAAAGGGAGGCCUUUUCUACGUUACUGUCGACGUGAGGAGCUUCCAUUUAAGCGAGCGUGGCAGAUUAAUCACCCAGUGUUGUUUUAACAGCUGCCGUCGCUGACUGAAGUCUCUUAAGUAUUUUGUUCAUAACUUAUUUAUCUGGCAUUUCUCUAUGAAUUAUGCAGAUUUUGAAUACUGCACUAACGAACGGAGGCUUUCAUGACAUUCUCUGUAUAAAUAUUUUAUAGAUUCUAUUUUUAAGCUUUUUGUAGCUUCAUGUACACAGCGAUUGAUACUUUAUUUUUGGUGACAAAAACAUACUGUAUCGAAUUUUGUACUUUGAAAAUCAUAGAAUUUGACCAGAAAGAUGAUUUAUUCAUAUCCUUUUGUUACGCUCGCUUUCAAUCAAGCAAAUCAUUUAAAAAAAGCAGGCAAAUACAUAGAAUCGUUUUUUAAAUUUCCAUAGAUUUUUGGAUGGUUUACACUAUUUUAUGCAUAUGGGUACGAGUAUAACCAAAGCACGUUUGAAUUAAUAAUCAUCACAUUUAAUUGUGUGCAGUAAUUUCUAAUGAACUGUGAAUUAUUGUGAUUUUUAAAUAAAGAGUAUUUGAAUAUAAA